CAGCCCCGGGGCCCGCAGCGGAGCGCGGCAGAGCGGGGCCGGGCCCCGGCACCACAUAAAGAGGCCGCGGCGGGGCCGGGGAGCAGAGCGCGGAGCAGAGCCCGGAGCAGCGCUGCCGCAGCCGGGAGCGGGGCCAUGGAGCAGUACUUCUCAGCCACGCAGAAGAUGGAGCAGGAGGUGAUGUUCCCCAGCCUGCUCCGAGGGGUCUUCCCGCAGCAGCAGGACGGGGCGGCUCCGGAUGCCAAUGGCCACACGGACCUCUACGAGCGCUACCAGCUCCUCAAGGCCAUCAAGCCCAUGGUGGAGAAGGGCCUGGCCUCCGGGAGCGACCGGAGCCCGGCCAGCGCCAGCCCCGACGCGUCCUGGGACGACGCCGGCAGCGGGGAGGAGCGGCUGGAGCAGCGGCUGUGCCACCACCUGGCCGGGCUGCAGCAGGUCCUCACCCACCUCACCAGGGACACCAAUGCCCUCACGCGGAGGUACAGCCAGAUCCUGGAGCAGAUCAGCCCCAGCGAGGGGCAGCCCAGCUGGUGACCCUGCCCCGGCCACCAGGACGGGUGCUGGUGGCAUGAAGGAGAGGACGUCCCCACCGUGCCCAUCCCGGCUCUUCCCCAGCCCCGCUCGUGGCAGCGGAUCUCCUGGCUGCGGCCACCCCAGAGCCAGACGGUGCCUCAUCCUCAUGGGAAGAAGCCUCUGGAGGUGCUGCAGGUCCAUGAGGAGCCGCAGGCUCGUGCCCUGCUCUUCAUUUUCAAAGAGCAGCACGAAGCGGCGAUGUCAAGCGGUGGCCCCGAGCCCCGACGGUGCCUGCGGCUGCCGAGCCCUUUUCCAGCUGGUUCCUGGACUCCAGGGGGGCUUUUCCCUGUCUUUGAUAAUAAAAUGAGCCCUCAGAAGC